ACGUCUUCGACGAUGUCAAAAUGACAGCAUUCGGCUCUCAGAUAUAAAUAAGCUUUUUGCUACUUUAUUAGUAAAGAACAACUAAUAUUUCUAUUAAGUGUUUGUUUAUUCUAACAAAAUGAUAAAAAAUAAAUUGCUGCCGUUGGUUACCUUAAAUCGUAGAUAUCUAUCGUUGAGCAACAGUUUGCAACAUAAAGCCGCAUACGAGGGUGAAGGUAAAACUACAGUUCGUGUUAUAAACCAGGAAACAGAUUUGGGAUUAAUGAUUGAUUCCUAUGGAACUUAUGGAUUUAGAUUAAAUAACGGUAUCACAGUACUUGGACCAAUUGCUAUAUUUUCUAGAACAAUCUUAUCAUGGCAGGUUGGAUCGUCAAGGGACAUAAAUGUGGAUUCGCUGAAAUUCUUUAAACUUUUGGAGCCCAAAAUAGAUUUGCUUGUGCUAGGUCUCGAGACUGAUGACAGGAAUGUGAUGCAAACCGUGUUUAAAGCGACUCGCGAAUUGAAAUUGAAUGUUGAGUUACAGACGGUAGAGCAUGCAUGCUCUACAUUUAAUUUUCUUAAUUCUGAAGGAAGGUCAGUGGCCGGAGCCUUAAUACCGCCGUUACAUCUGGAUGUGAACGAAAACGACAUGCUGCACUCGAAGCUGCAUUACGAGAAUCUAUAUAACAAAGAAAUUAAAUAGUCUCACGAAUUAUGUUCUUCAAAUCGAGUGAGACAGUUGUUGAAGAUAUUUUAAAUUUAGAUUUUAGACCUUAUAAAUACUAGAUUAGAAUCUAGUCGUUUCUAUGAGUUGUGUAAAUAAAGAAUUGCUAGUUUAUGAAUUAAAUAAUUAAAUAAGAGAAUUUGCGUUGAAGUAAAGAA